AGAGCGAGGAGACGACUUCGAUCACUGAGCUUUGCUGGGGGACGGACUGCGACUCCUUCCUUUGUGUGAUUUUCCGGAGGGGAGUGUUGCUGUGUUUGGUGUGAAAGAGCAGGAUGGAGUUUAAUCAGAGCUCACCCUGAAUCCUCAGCAGUCACAGACACUCCUCAUCAUCAUCUUCUUCUUUGUCAUCAUCUUUAUCAUCGUCAUCAUUGACACUCAGGAUGAAGCCCCAGCAGCAGGCAGUAAGAACAGGACUUCUGUCCAGGCUUUCAAACAUGACACGGUUUGGAAGGAGCGCCGUUGGUCCUGGAGAAUCUGGCCUCAGGAACCAGAGGACAGAUCGGGAGAAACGGUGGCCCCUAGCUGCACAAAAUACAAACAACUCCAACAAUAAUGAUGGGAAAAAGGAGGAAAAGAAAGAUGAAAAAAAAGAUGAGAAAAAGGACGAGAAGAAAGAUGAUAAGAAGGAUCCGAAGAAGGAUGAAAAGAAAGAUGACAAAAAGGAUGAUAAAAAAGAGCCACCGAAGGAGGUGUGGAUCAUGGAUCCUGCUACCGAUACGUACUACAGCUGGCUGUGCACAGUCUCCGUGCCGGUCUUCUACAACCUGAUGUUUCUUGUGGCAAGGGCAUGUUUUAAUGAACUCCAACAUGCUAACUCAACACUGUGGUUGGCUUUGGACUGCAUUUCAGAUGUUAUCUACUAUGUAGACACCUUUGUGAGAGCCAGGACUGGUUUCUUGGAGCAAGGACUGCUUGUGAAGGAUGCAAAGACGCUAAAAGAGAAGUACAUGAAGACCCGGCAGUUUAAGUUAGAUAUGAUAUCCAUCAUUCCUACUGACUUUGUGUUUCUUCAUAUUGGAAUCAACAACCCAGAGUGGAGGUUCAACCGUCUCUUUAGGUUAGCGCGACUCUUUGAGUUCUUCGACCGGACGGAAACUCGAACUAACUUUCCAAACAUCUUUCGAAUUGCAAAUCUGGUACUUUACAUUAUCAUCAUCAUUCACUGGAAUGGUUGCCUAUACUUUGCUGUCUCCAAGGUUCUUGGUUUUGGUUCAGACACAUGGGUUUAUCCGAACAUAAGCAAUCCUGUACAUGCUCGUCUGACCAGACAGUACAUCUAUUGUUUUUACUGGUCCACCAUGACCUUGACAACCAUCGGCGAGACCCCACCUCCAGUCAGGGACAUAGAGUACUUUUUUGUUGUAGCUGAUUUUCUCACUGGUGUUUUGAUCUUUGCAACAAUUGUAGGCAAUGUUGGUGCCAUGAUUUCCAACAUGAAUGCUGCGCGAGUGGAGUUUCAGGCCAAGAUUGACUCAAUCAAGCAGUAUAUGCAAUUUCGGAAGGUCACAAAAGAUCUGGAGGCAAGGGUGGUGAAGUGGUUUGACUACUUGUGGACAGAGGGGAAGUCCUGUGAUGAGAAACUGGUACUAAAAAAUCUUCCUGACAAACUGAAGGCUGAGAUAGCCAUAAACGUCCACCUGGAGACUCUGAGUAAAGUGCGUAUCUUUCAAGACUGUGAAGCAGGUUUACUUGUGGAGCUGGUUCUGAAACUUCAACCUCAGGUCUUCAGCCCUGGUGACUACAUCUGUAAAAAAGGGGACAUUGGGAGGGAAAUGUACAUAAUCAAAGAAGGAAAGCUAGCUGUUGUGGCAGAUGAUGGGGUGACACAAUUUGUUGUCCUCAGUGAUGGGGCAUAUUUUGGAGAAAUCAGCAUCCUUGGAAUAAAGGGCAGCAAAGCAGGAAACCGGAGAACUGCCAACAUCCGAAGUGUUGGCUACUCAGAUUUGUUUGCACUAUCCAAAGAUGAUCUAAUGGAGGCCCUCGUUGAGUAUCCUGAAGCUAAAUAUGCUCUGGAGGACAAGGGAAGGGCCAUUUUGAUGAAGGAUAAUCUCAUAGAUGAGUCACUGGUAGCUGCUGUUGAUGCCAAGGAUUUGGAGGAUAAAGUCAACCAGAUUGAAGGCAGUGUGGACGUCAUGACGAUCAAACUUCAAAAGCUUAGAAAUCAAUAUGAAUCCUCUCAACGUAAACUCAAUCAGCGGCUCACUAACUUAUCAAAUGAGGUCAAAAGCCUCAGAGUUGAUGAGUGAUGUUAGCUUGGAAACUAGUCUACAAAGAGAUAGUGAAGGCUGGUCAUCUUUGGCACUGUAGAACUUUUCUACUCUCUAAAUGAAACAGUUGGACAGUGUUUCUACUCACUAUCCCCAUACAAAAUAUUCUAAAAUAAAAAUGAUGCCUUUAAAGUUCUCCAUUGUGUCUUUCCAGUUGGGCUCAUAAGGUCUACAGCCACUGAACACAAAAGCAAUGCUAACAGAACCAUGAUAAAUAUCACCCAAACCUACUUUAUGACUUCAAAGUUUAAAAAACAACAACCUGUAAUGACAAUAACAUUAUGCUAUUCUACAUAAAAUGGUCAGAAAAGACAGAGAUUAAGUUACUAUAACUCAAUGAAGAGAUGAAUCCAUAAUGAAUGUCUAACUCUAUACUGAUCAGUUGACGUAGCCUAAUGUGACAUUUGAAUUCCUACCUGAUACUGCCAUCUAGUGGGGCUUUAAUUAAGGCCAUCAGAUUAAAGUACCCAUCAUAUUUUGCAGAUGUUCUUUGGAACUGUGUAGGAUUAUCCAAGGAACUACCAAGGAACUACCUUGCCAUCUUCCGGAAGUUUCUGAAGCUCCACUGCCAUGACCAACCAAAAACAGGGUUCCACAUUGAAAAUCCAAAUGUCAUACAGUGACAUGAGACAUGAUGUCUGUUGAGAAGAGUCAAGGUCGCGCAUUCGUAUCUCAGGACACACUGUACCAACAUGUGGGUACAUGUUGCCAGCAGAGGCAUCAAUUGUGAGGAUGCUUGCAUGGUACAAAGUUACUGAAAUAUUGAAGGUCAACAUUGCUCAGUUUUAUGUAAGAUCUAUCCAAUUAUCUUAAAAUUACCCCUAUACCUGUCGGAUUUAGAGGCAAACAUGAUCUGGAAUUGACAUUUGCCAGAGGUAUGAGUAAUUUUAGGUUGGUUUUGGACAGAAUGCGCAGACCAACAUUAAGAUUCUGGAAAUGUCUUCCCAGAGUCAAAAUUUCAAAUUUGAUGGACUAAUCUUAAAAUAAAAUGGUCAACUGAUUCCUGGAAAUAGCUUCAGACAUGUGGUGAGGCAGAACCUCAGAACCUGCUGGGGACCAUAUUAUGGGUUUAUGUAUAAAUUAGAGAACAUCUUGUUAAACUGAAGAACUGAAAAAAUAAAGAUGGACAAUGUUUGAAGACAAAAUGAUGUGCAUUUGU